AGUACUUUUGGUUGUUCAUUUUAAUGUUGUGUUUAAUAAAUUAUUUCCUCUGUAAUUUUCCGGAAGAGAUAUAAUUAUAUCGACGGAUUUUAACAUUAUUAAUCUUUAUACCCUUUAUUAAAUAACUACUUAAUUUAAAUAUUUUUGUAUAUUAUACUAAUUUUGGUUUUCUUUUCAGAUGUCAGUGACAGAAUACCUAAAUAGACCAAACGUCCCACGAAAUAUAGUGUUCCUCGGAUAUCAAAUUCCUAACUGGUUUUACAACUUCUACUGCACCUUCGGUAUCUUCGCUUUCGGGGCAGCUUGUUCGCAGCUAACUACUGACGUCUUGAAGUACACAGUGGGCAGACUGAGACCUCAUUUUAUAACAGUGUGUGCUCCAAACGUUUGCAAUGGUUCCUUCAUUCCUUACAAAUAUUAUGAGAACUUUACUUGUACAAAUCCGUUAUAUAUUAACGACAAGAGAAUCAUGAAGGAAAUGAGGCUUUCGUUUCCGUCUGGACAUUCCUCUUUCUCGAUGUAUACGAUGCUAUAUUUUGCAAUAUAUCUUCAAAGACGCAUGACCUGGGAUGGCUCAAAGCUUCUUAAACACACCCUUCAAUUUUUGGCAGUUCUUUCGUCCCUAUUUACAGCUAUGACGCGAGUGUCUGACUACAAGCAUCACUGGAGUGAUGUACUAUGCGGUCUAACAUUAGGUGCAACAGUUGCAAUAAUAACAGCAAAGUUUUUCUCAAACUUAUUCAGUCCGAUUAAGGAAUUCAAGAAACCGGAACCAUCUGAACUGAGCGCCUUGAACGGCAACAAUAGGACCCAUGUCUAA